AUGCUUUCUAAAACUUCUAAGUCCACUAAGAAAACCCUGCUUGAACAGAAGGUUUACAAGCAAGAGAACAAGACACUUAUGCGUAUUAACAAUGUACUUAGGAAGGAAGGCAUGAUCAACUAUUUUGGGAAGAAGCAUGAAGGCAGAGAGAUCAUGGAAUGUGAUGUUGAUGAGGAGGAUCUGAGGACGAAGAAGUUACUUAAGGUUCCAAUUCCGAAUAUGUUUUAUAUGGAUAUUUGGUUGUUUAGUCCGAAGAAGUCUCGUUAUACUGAAGUUCUAAGAGUAAUACAAAGCUUUCAAGUCGAAUACAUUUAUAACAUAAUCUUCCACUCAUUACGUAGAAGUCGUACUGUGGACUUUUCUCCUUAUCUCGUACCAUUGAUCAAGAUCUUACCAAAAGCUGUUAAUAAAUGCUCAUUUUCAAAACUAAAGUUUACAGAAAAACAGCAAAUCCUGGUCUUUAAAAAUAUAUAAAAUGCAAAGAUUCUCACAUUUGAUGGAUGUUAUCUGCAAAAUUUCACGGGAAAGUAUGGCCUAAAAACUAGAAAGUUUAACUUGGAGUAUUUGAAUAUUGAUAAGUGUUUUUGCUAUCAUAAGAUGCCCAGGAAUCUUGAUGUCGAUUUCUAUGAGACAGUUCUACUCUUAAUUAAGACCUCAAAUUUAAAUGAUUCAUUGAAAUGUGUAAAAUUCAAGCACAGACUUAUCAACAGUGAAGCUAUCGAAGCCUUGCCAUCAAAA